AUGGGUGAGGACCGCGAACAUAGCCCCGGCCAAGAGCAGCCUCCGCCUCUGCCUCCACGACCCUCUAUCGAUUCGAAUGCAUCGAUAGAUGCAAGAAUGGCCAUGGCCGCUGCCACCACCGCCGUCACCCCUCUCGACAUCCAGACACUGUCCUUCCCAGAUGGCUCUCGCGGCACCUUCUCGAUUUCGGGCAAUAGAGCCGUGUCCACACCCGCCCAGUCCUCUAAAAGCGGCCACGCGACGCCGAUAAGGACGCUGGCGGAAGGGGAAGACUCCAUGAGCAUCGCCAGCUUUUCGCCCACCCUGCGGCCUCCUAAUGAUAUUGCCAGCCUGCUGAUGGGCGAGUUCAACAAGAGAAGUCCCGCAUGGAACCUUCUUAGGUCACAAUCGGCGACGGUUCCACCGUUCGAGACUCUGAGGAUGGACAAUACGACUCGCAGUCUAGCCAACUUCGCGCAUGAGUUCGAGGAUCUGCCGGACGAGUCCGAUGAGAGCGUCAAGGAUGAGGAACGAGUCGCCAUGUGGAAAGCAAAGUUGAAGCAUUACAUGAUAUUGUCGUCUGCCGGCAAGCCUAUUUAUAGUCGCCAUGGAGACUUGGGGCUGAUCAACUCUUAUAUGGGCGUCGUCCAGACUCUCAUAUCUUUCUACGAAGGGGCAAAGAAUUCACUUUCGGGCUUCACGGCAGGGAACACGAGAUUCGUUAUCGCGACACAAGGGCCUUUAUACUUUGUGGCUAUCAGCCGGCUCGGGGAGAGCGACUCGCAGCUCAGGGCGCAACUGGAGGCUUUAUAUAUGCAGAUCCUGUCGACGCUUACACUACCAACUCUGAAGAACAUCUUCGUCCAUCGCCCAUCUAGCGACCUUCGAAAACCGCUCGAGGGCACCGAGCCUCUCAUCUCGUCUCUCGCUGACAAUUUCACGAAGGGCUCCCCGUCGGCACUUCUCGGGGCUCUGGAAUGCCUCAAGUUGCGCAAGUCCCAGAGGUAUGCCAUCAAUAAUGCCUUCCUCAAGCAGCGGACAGACAAGCUCCUCUACGGUCUCAUUGUGGCUGGAGGCAAGCUGGUCAGCGUCAUUCGCCCGCGCCGCCAUUCCCUUCAUCCUAGUGACCUACAACUUAUCUUCAACAUGUUGUUCGAAUCCAGUGGCAUCAGAGCGGGUGGCGGCGAGAACUGGAUCCCGUUGUGCCUGCCUGCUUUCAACAACCGCGGCUAUCUGUACAUGUACGUCAGUUUCUUUGACGGCGUGGACGGCGGACAAGCCACGGAACAGGACUCGCCAGCCAACACGGACGAGGAGCUGGCCAUCAUCCUCAUCAGCCCAGACAAGGAGUCCUUCUUUGAGCUUAAACAAAUGCGGGACGCCGUCGCCGCUUCUCUGGCGAAGUCUGGCCAUCUCGCAACAAUUCAGGCCGCCGCACGCGCAGGCAGGCCUAGGACGACAGAUAUUGCCCCCGGCGGCCAGAUAUCCCACUUUCUAUACAAAUCCCGUGCCAACGUCCAGUUCAGCAUGUCCACCCUGGACCCUGUCUUCUCCUCCCUUAUGGCCCGCCGUCGUCUCAUGGGCCUCUACCACCAACUGCACGCCGCCGUCCACGCGAAGCACUCGCACAUGCGCGUCCUGCACUCCGUCGCCGAAGACGCGACCGCCCUGGCCUGGAUCACUCCCGUUUUCGAAUUCUACUGCGUCGCCGGCCCCAACGUGAGCCGUCCAGUGCUGACCCAAGGGGCUAACAAGGUCAUACAAUGGGCCAGACGCGAAGUGGAACGAAUCUUCAUUAUCGGCGGGGGCGUCUUCUGA